AUGAACAAUUUACAUGUGUUCAUAUUGUUAACAAUUUUACUUGUUGUUCAUGGUGAUGAAGGGACAUGCUAGUGUGUCAACUUAAAAUCAGAGCAAGACUGCUCUAAAUUUCCCCUCCAAUACUGUGAAUGGAAGAAUAAUACCUGUGUGAUUUCAACUUAAACCACAUAGAAUCCCGUUAUAGAGGGUAAGCCUUUUUGCUCUCAAUACGCUUCAAUACAAGAUUGUUAAAAAGCCUUCAUUUGUACAAACUGUUAGAACAAGUAGCAAAUGUGCGAUGGGUGUUUAAAAUAAUAUCCUUGUGUAUGGGAGGGCUCGUAGUGCUAGUUCUUUACUGGGUGCUCUGCGUAUGUGUCCAAAUCACAUGCAGAAUGCAAUGCAAUAUCAUCAAUGUGCACAUCAGAUCUAACUUAGUGUAUUUAGAUUGGGGAAUGCACUGAAUAUAAUACUGUUGAUGCUUGCAAGCAAAAAAACAUUCGCGCCCAAUAAUGUACAUGGGAUCCUUAAUUGGGAUGUAAGGAACUCGCCAGCUGCUCAGAAAUUUCUAAGCUAUAAUCUACAAGUCAUGAUGCUUGUAAUAGUUAGUUGGCUAAGUGCACUGUGAAUAAUAACUCUCAGUGUGUAGAUUUGUCAGCAGAAUGUGGAGAUUAUACCUUUGAAGAUUAAUGUAAACUGACGUCAUCCUAAGUUAAAUGCGCAUGGUCAAAUAACAUAUGCAGAGAAGUUUCUUGUGAAGAUGCUCCACUAAGUUAUGAUUACAAUGGAUGUAGAUAAUUCAUGUAGAGCUGCACAGCAAAAAGUGGUGGAGGAUGCCAAAAAAUCAUAUAUUGCACAGAUUUAAAAAACCAAAGUGACUGUCAAAACAAGGAAGAUACAAAUGGAAAGUCUUGUUUCUGGGUAAGCACCUUUAGUCAAUGUGUAAUUCAUGAGUGCAGUUAGGCUCCAUUAGAUUAUCAGACAGAUAAGUAAUGUUAAUCCUUCAAAAGUGAGUGUGUAACUAAUGAAGGAAUUGGAUGUAAAUUGAAUACUGGAUGCAGUGCCAUUGCAACACAAUAAGAAUGUAACACAACUAAGAGUGCAGAAGGCAAGGAUUGUAUGUGGGAAGAUUCUUGUGUUGAAAAGGUCUGUGAAAAUGCAUCAACUAAGUUGACUACACAUGAAUAGUGUGAGAAAUUCCUGUUCUAAUGCACCACUGACUAUGGAUACGGAUGUCAAACUAAAACUUGUAAAAACGCUCCAGACACAUUGAAAACAAAUGAAGAUUGUGAGAGAUAUCUUCCUGAUAAUCAUUGUAUUACUAGAAGUGGAGGUGGUUGCAUUCAAAAUGAUUCUUGCUCUAAAGUCAGUAUAGCAAUUGCUUGCGUGAAGGAUAUUAAUGGAUCAGAUUGCUAAUGGUAUGAGCAAACUGAUAAAUGCAUUACUAAGUAAUGUAAUAAAGCACCAACGACAAUCAAUACUUAAGAAUUAUGUUAGAGUUUUUGGUCAAAAUGCAAAGUGAAUUAAUCAGGCACUGGAUGUGAAGACAGAAUUUGUGAGAAUUUCUACCAAUAAGAUACAUGCAAAGGACAACUGGAUUUUUAUGGUAGAACUUGCUCAUGGAGAAAUAAAUGCAUACCAAAAACUUGCCAGAGUGCAUCAUAAGAGAUCAAAACACAUGAAGAUUGCAAUGCUUAUUUAAGUAGUUGUACGUUGUCGAAAACUGGUAAAGGUUGUAUGUCACUUCCCUUGAAAUGUGAAAUGAUAGAGUUGGAGGAAGGGUGUAGAUUAAGGCAAUCUAUAGGUCUAAAUUCUACUGGCAAAAAUACAAAAGAGUGUGCUUGGAAAAAUAAUAAAUGUUAAGAUAAGUCUUGCUAUACUGCACCUAUAACCAGGGACUCAAAUAUAGCCUGCCAGGAUUACAUGAAAGGCUGUUAUGUAAACAAUGAAAAAAGAGGAUGUUGGGUUUUGCCAGAGUGCAGCCAAAGAGCUCUUUAGGAAACUUGCGAAAUUCAAAAUAGUUUUGAUUGUGUUUGGGAUGAAGGCAACUCCAAGUGCUUAGUAAGGAAUUGUGUUUCCACUCUGUUUAGUAUUGAUAGAGCCAAUUAUAAGACAGCAUAAAGUUGCAACCAAUACAGGUUGAAUUCAUCGAAUUGUCCUAAGCCAGAUGGCAUAGGUUGCUGUACCUUGAAUGAUCUAGGGUUGGGAUGUAUGAAGAAACCUGAUACUUGUUCCCAACUGAAAACAAAGGAUAAUUGUAGAGAGAAGAGUCUCUAUUCAGAUGGGGAUUGUUUAUGGACGGGAGAUGCAUGCGUAUUAAAGUCAUGCAGCGCAUUAAAUUUAAAGAUAUACUCUUUAAAUUACAAUCAUUAAAAUUGCUAUCAGACAUCAUAUAACUCUUGUACAGUUAAUGAAGAUGGAACUGCUUGCAUUUCAUUUAAAUCAAGCUGUUCAUAAUAUGUGCCAGCUGAACAGUGUAAUAUUGACUCUAAUGGCAAUGAAUGUGUUAUAAGGUAAAAUUAAACAACUGGAAUAUAUAGUUGUGAUCUGAAGAAGUGUGGGGAUGUGGCUUCUAUUUAGUAUAAUUCAUUUGCUGCUUGUCAGGAAUACAGUGAAACAUGCACGGUAAUUGCAAGGGUAAGUGGAAAAGGUUGCAUAGAUAAACAGCAGAAUUGUUACAACUAUCUUUUCCCUGAAUAAUGUUUUAAGAAUCUGGAUGGGUCAAUGUGUGUAUGGAACGGUAAAAGGUGUUGGGAUUAGGAUAAAGUUGAUUGUUCAAGAAUAGUGUUGAUAAAUUAUUCAACUUAAACUUGUGAAGAUGUCGCUUUCUAUUGCAAGGCUAAUGAUGGUAAAACAGGAUGUAUUUUGAAAACAUGUUACGAUUAUAUCACUUAAACUGGAAAAACUGGAGGACCACCGAUAUCUUCAUUAACCCAUUGCUAAAAAUUAAAAGCUAAUAAACUUAGUUGCUCAGUUAACAAUGCGUUGACUGGUUGUGUUCCCGAAAAAGAUCGUUGUCCUUAAUAUUCAGUACAGGAUUGCUAUAAUGCUAGCACAGACCGUUCUUGUGCCACAAAUGGGUUAUCGUGCUAUAAGUAAUUUACACCCUGUAGCAAUUGGUCAAAUGAAAAUGAUGCAGAUUGUAAGAAAAAUAGAGAGUUUUGCAAAUAUCCCCUAGGUGGAGUUGGUAAAGUGCCGUGUGUCAAUAAAUCUUGUGAUGAAAAGACGGGUGUAAACCUUACAGAGCAAAUUUGUCAUUAAUUUGAUGAAACAUGUACUGUGAGCAAGGAUAAGACAAAAUGUAUCUUAAUUUAAACUAGUUGUGGUACUUACAAGGAGGAGAACUUAUGUGUAAAGUCAGAAUAGAGUAAUUGCAUUUGGUAAGUUGGCACUACAAGUGAGUGUGUUGGUAUUACAACCUUAAUAGAAGCAGACAAGAAUUGCUCAUACAAAAAAGGAACAGGAUUAACCUAUGAAGAUUGCUAAGGCUUUAGCACUUUUUGUAGUGUUAAUCGAGCAGGAACUGAAUGUGUGGCUAGAAAGUAAUGUGGAGGAUAUGAGACUAGAGUUUCUGAUUGCUAUAGAAGUGAGAAUGAAUUAUGUAUCCAGUCUGCUUAAAAUGAUGCAGAUGCUAAAUGUUAAUCCUCUAAAGGAGUGACCUGUGAAUAGAUUUUUCUUGGAAAAGAUACAGUUUAUACUUUUGACAAGUGCAGUAAAAUCAAUGAGGCAUGUACAAAUUAAGGAACUUCAGGUUGUACUCUCAAAACUUGUUAGAAUGCAGUUGGACCAUUUACACAUGAAACAUGUGUAAAAUGGAAGAAUGCAUGCACUGUGAAUGCUUCAAACAAUGGAUGUGUAGAAAUGAAGAGCAAUUGUUUAAAUUAUCCUUCCAACUAAUGUUUAAGAUCACUUAUCGAAGGGCCAUGUAUGUUGGAUGUGAAAUAAAAUAUCUGCAUAAAGAAAACUUGCUACUCUUCUGAUGAUACUUUAACAAGCGAUGCCUAAUGUGAAUCAUAUAUGUCAACAUGCACUGUAGCUUAAGCGGGAGGCUGUAUAUCUAGAAACUCUUGUGAUUCUUACGUAUCAGAGUUACAAUGCGUUGUUGAUAAUUAAAAUCGACUCUGCUUCUGGAAUCCAACUUUGAAAAAAUGUGCUCUUUUUGAAUGCAAAACGAUAGAAAAAACUGAAAAAUAUGAUUCUCACGACGAAUGUUAUGAGUUAAACAAUAUUUAGGAUCCCAAAAAAUAAAAUAAAUUUGAAAGAUGCACUGUCAAUUUUGUUGUAGAUCCUAAUGAUUAAUCAAUAUCAUAUCCAAGUGGAUGCAUGAAUUUAUAAGCAUGCAAGGAUUACCAUCACAAAGAGCAGUGUGUUAUUGAUUCAUCUGGUUUAUAUUGCCAUUGGAACACCGAUAACCCUGAAAAUGAAUUCUGUGAAACCCUUUCAUGCGAAUCAGCUGAUCCAAAUAAAUAUUAAACACAUAAGGCUUGUUCAGAACUUCCGUUAAAUAAAUACACCUAAGUUUAAGACAAAUGUACUGUGGGUGUCACUGAAAUAGCACCAGGAGUCCUUUCGGCUUAUGGAUGCAAAAAUAGAGCUGAUUGUGAAGAGUAUAAAAUCGAAGAUUAAUGCAGAUACAGUUCAACAGGUUAGGAAUGUAAAUGGGAUAGUAUUAAUUCAGCUUGUUAUACGAGAUUGUGCAGUAAAGCACCAUAAACAUUUACCACUCAUGAACGUUGCAGUGAUUUUGCACCUAAUUGCACCCUCAGUUCAACCUUGGCUGGUUGUAUGGAUUUGACUCCAAAAUGUGAAGAUUACCAAGUAAAAUCUUAAUGUACUAAGAGUGUAUAUGGUAAUGUAUGCUAUUGGAAUGGUGCCUAAUGUGUAACAAGGGAAUGCAGUAAUACACCAGAAGAUUUGGAUGGAGAGUGCUCCAAAUAUUUGGAUACUUGUGAGAAUAGUGGAAACUAAAGAUGUGUCACAAUUGAUUGUGAGUAGUAUUCCUUUGUGACUGAUAUAGCAUGUAAAUAAGCAGGCUUGGGAGGAUAAUGUACCACAGAUGGAACUAGAUGUGUUUUAAGGACAACCUGCGAAGAUGCAAGAACACAAGAUGCUUGUAGAGUCAAUAAUUUAGGAUAACAAUGCGUUUGGAAUCCACCUACUGCAACAAGUGAUGCUUACUGUGAAAUAAGCAUUUGUGAAUUAGCAUCUUCAACAGAUUACGUCAGUGAAUUAUAAUGUAAAUCGUACAAUUCUCAAUGCACUCUUAAAAAAUAAGGAGGUUGCAAAUAAAUUUAGGAUUGCAAUUCUUUUGAGUCAGAAACAAGCUGCACUGUUUCUAAAGAUGGUAAAGUAUGCGUUUGGGAGAAAGAUAAAGGCUGCAGGAGUAAUGACUGUACAGAUUUAACAGGCACAGAUCAUUUCAAAUGCAAAAAGCAAAAUAAAUAAUGCACUACUUCCAAAACUGGAAAAUGUGUCAAUAUGGCAGCCACCUGUGCUGAAUAUUUGAUUGAGGGAAGUUGUGUUGAAACUUCUGAUGGUCUACCAUGUCUAUGGGUUAAAGCUUUAUAAAAUGUAAACAAUACUUAAGGAUAAUGCAUUCAAUAUUUGAAAUGUGAAGAUAUCCCUUUGACAAAGGAUUCAGAAUGCAAAAGUGUAUUAUCAAAAUGUACAUCUAAUGGCUCAUCCUGUACACCUAUUAAAAAAUGUGAAAAUCUAAAUUCUACAAAUUGUAAUAAAGGCUCUGAUGGAUAAUGCAUGUUAGCAUUUAAAGAUACCACUUCUACUACUAAAACAUGCAUGAUAUUCAAAUCAUGCAGCGAUGCUUUUUAUAAAACUCAUUCAGAGUGCUAAGGAGUAAGCUCAUAUUGCACUACUAAUGGAACUUAAUGCAUGGAUGUGAAGAAUACUUGUUAAGAAUAUACAGAUAGAUCAUCGUGUUACAUCACAACGGCUACUAAUUCAUCAACUACUACUAAUAUUUGUGUCUGGGAUGGAUCUUGUAGGAAUCAAGCCUGUUCAGAUAUUAGUGGAUCCAAUCAUUAAUACUGUAAUUCUAAAAUGAGUUCUUGUACUUCUGAUGGUACAAAAUGUAUGACCAUUUAAACCUGCGAGUCAUACAAUACCAGUCCUUAAUGCAACAAUGGUUAUGCGAAAAUUUAAGGAAUAAAUAAUCCUUGUUAUUGGACAGAUGUGACUAAAACUUCUGGAUCUUAUUGCAGAGUUAAAUCUUGUAUUGACAUACUUCCAGCGUCCACGUUCUUUUGUGCUACAAUUUCUACAUGUGUUUAUGAUGCAACCAAAUAAAGUUGUAUCACUAAGUAAAACUCUUGUAGUUCAUAUCAAGAUUAGACUGCCUGUAAUUCAGGAACAUUAAGUUCUAAAACUUGUUAUUGGGCUAAUAAUCAGUGUUCAGAUGUUACCGGAUGCUAAGUUAUAACUGAGUAGGCAAAGUGUUUAUCACUUAGAGGAUGUAGCUAUAUCACUUAAAAUGGUACUUCUAAGUGUGUUCCCUAAGAUUGCUAAAGUGUCUAUUAGCAGACAAAUUCUUGCAAAUUUAUCUAAAUAUUUAAUUCAGAAGCAACUAAAACUUGCAUGAUAUAGAAUGGAUUAUGUACAUCAGUCGAUCCAUCCAUUUUAAUGUAGGAUACUUGUCUAAUUAAUUCAAAUUACGCAUAUACAUGGGAUACUGCUAAGGCCAGAUGUGUUAGUUGUUAUGAGAAACCUGCCCCCCCCAACGACACCGAUAAUGAUACUAAUAAUACAGAUGUCUCAGCUUAGAAGAUCAGCAUAGUUCUAAUGUUUAUGGCUAUGGUUGUAGGAUGAUGAUGAAGGAUUAUCAUAAAAAUAUAUAAAGAAUAUAAAUAUCAUUUCUUA